UACCAGUUGACUAUGUGUUUGAUGUCGAGCUCGAUGGCUGCCAUGACGACCCAGAAAAAGUACCAGGCGAGAGAGGUGACGAGGGCGAUCCCCAACAUCACUCCCGUCCAAGACAGGGCUCGGUGGGCGGGGCGAGGCGGUUGAGCUUUCUCUCUCAUUAUAUGUUUACUCUAUGUCUAAAUUUGCAGCCUUACAAUACAAUGGUGAGAUAUUUUGGAUAUUUGGAUUUCUGGGCUUCAGUUUCUUUCUGGUGGCUUAGGAUCCGCCGCCGGUGAGUCGGUCACGUGAGCUGAAGAAGCGCCGUUGCUCAGAAACAGACUGUCCAUCAAAUAGGGCCCGUACCAGCCGAUACCUACUCCCACAAAACCGAUCAAAACUCUCUGGUAGCGCGGUAGACUCAGGUAGCUUUUCAAGAAGCCCAUUUAUAUACGGAGAGAGGGCGGGCCGUAGUAAUUUAUAGUGGAGCUCAAAGGUCGUCAUAGGUGUGAAAUUUUUGCGAGCCGAGAAAAAUACGACACUCACCGAGAGACUGAGUCGCGGACUGAGUAGAGAAUGACAACGAGAAAGAGGCUGAGAGAAAUGCGGGGCGAGAGCCAGGAGGAGAAGGAGGGAGAGUCAGAAGUUAGCAGAGAAGAACAGCUGCUUCCACCAGUAAAGAUAAGGAAGGAGAGUCAUUGGACUAAUGGGGACGCAAUCGGUACUGGAAGUUUCCGUCGACAGGAAAUUGCACUUCGAAACCCCGCCCCUUGUAGCAGUGAGGCCACACCCCCUACAACGAGCUCCAAGGGGAAGCGGAGAUGCAUAACCUACGAAGAAGCCAAGCAAGGGACGAGAGAGCCGGUGAGGGUGUAUGCAGACGGUGUGUUUGACCUGUUUCACAACGGGCACGCUCGUGUCCUCAUGCAGGCAAAGAACGCCUUUCCCAAUGCCUAUCUCAUUGUCGGAGGUAUGGGGCACCCUUUGCUACCAGUGACUACACACACACUUGCAAUAAAGGGUAUUGAUUGUUGUUUGGAUGCAGUUACAAAUGAUGUGGACACACAGAGACUAAAGGGGAAGACAGUUAUGGCAGAACGCGAGAGAUACGACGCUGUCAAACACUGUCGCUAUGUCGACGAGGUCGUGGAGGGGUGCCCCUGGGAAAUUACGCCGGAAUUCAUGGAGGAACACCAGAUUGAUUUUGUGGCCCAUGACGAUCUCCCGUACUCGGCCAACGGUUGCGAGGACAUCUACAAGCCCCUGAAGGAAAAGGGGAUGUUUGUGGCGACACAGCGGACAGAGGGCGUGUCCACUUCUGGCAUCAUCUCCCGAAUAGUUCGCCACUACGACACGUUUGUCCGUCAGAAUCUCUCCCGGGGAUACACGGCAAAAGACAUGAACCUAGGGUUCAUGAAGGAGAAGGAGGUGCAGAUAAGAGAAGGGGUGAGUUCGCUGAAGGGAAAAUCCAGAGACUUGAUCAGUGGAUUCGUGGGAGUCUUUGGCCGCGAUGGGAGAAUUGUGAGCUUGAACUAAAUUUUGAGUGAAUUCUUCCACAAUAAGAAGCAAAGAGCAGUCUCGCCUGAACCAGUCGACCACGUCGAACCUGGCUCACCACCCCUACCCCCUCGUGAGGACCACUCUUCUACCAAUGGCGACCACCACAGUACCAAUGGGGACCACUCCAGUACCAUUGGAGACCACAGUGCUACCACCCCAGUAGAUACCAGUCGUAACCAUUCUGAGACCAAUACUGACCAUUUCUGCCACCAAUAUUCAUGCCAGCACUAACCGUGCAUUUUACUGCAAUAAAUUGUUGUUGUAAACAGUGUUGUAAUCGUUGAUCGGUGAUAUAUAAUGUAAGGUGAUCAUGUUCCUGUGAUUCGAGUGGGUGAAGGUUAAAAAUAAAUAAAAAAUAGCAACCCUAAAGUGGUGACGUAAUAAUGAUCUCACUAUGCUCCGUCUCUACGGCUGAAGCUCACAAGCCUAGCGUUGACUCCCAGUUUUAGCGCUGAUUCGACUAAAUCACCGAUUUGAUCAACGUCCAGCAGUGUAUCGGCCAAGUUGUUAUCACGAUCUCCGACGUCGUUUGGUCGACUCAGUCGCUCAUUCCCGUUCUGCCAUUCCAGGUAAGGCCCGGUGGCUCGAAGGAGCUCUGCGUACGGGGCGAGCGGGAGACUGCGAGCCCGGUACGGUACCAGUUGGAUGGUGACAGACUCUGGUGGCAUGUAGAGAGCAUUCAGCAGCUCUGCGCCGUGGAAACCGACAAGGAUUGUAAACUGCUGCAUUUGAGCCACCUAUGUGAAAAGAGGAAAAGAGAGUGGGGAGAAAUGGUCUGGAAGAGAAAAAUUCAUAUGGUGUGGGUAGACCUUUUAGAGUAUUAGAAACUGCAUCCACUGUGUGUGUGUGUGUGUGUGUGUGUGUGUGUGUUGACUCACCUGCUCGCGAUACGAGAGAGCAUCAAACUGGACCACCUCCACAUGAACAAACUUUGACAGGGCAGCCACCACCUCCUCUUCGUUGAGGAUCCGUCUGUUGCCGG